AUGACGAUGCAAAAAUUCGAAGCAAACUGCUCCCUCGACGAAACGUGGGAGUCGGUGACCUCCAUACAGCUUCUAAGGUCAAGAGUAGGUCAAGUGGUGUUGGUCAGUAAGCUCCGGGAGCUGGGAGAGAGCAGGUACCACUACACAUUCUCUGCGUCCCUGUCAUGUGGGGUCAAGCGACUGUCAUGUCCUCGUGAGAAAAUCGCCGGGUUGGAUACAAGUUCCACUGGCAUCCAGAAGGAACUUGGGUUGUUAUUUAUGAUUCUUGGCGAGAGAACUGGAUUGUUUAAGGCCAUCAGAUCAACAUCCUCAUGGUUUACCUCAUCUAUCACCUUCACCUCGUCUCUCAUCAGUAUUUUAUUAUGUGAUUAAUAUGAUAAAAGCAUUACAC